UGCAGGUCUGUAGUUCAGUAGGUCGUGGUCGUACCUAUGGUCGCACCAUCGGCAUAGGUGUUCUGUGCCACCGGUACGCGCUGGUACCACUAUGGUACGGCUGUGGACGGUACAGUUUCCCUUCUCUAAUGUGCUACCACAACGCAUCUGGAAAAAAAGCUUCUGCUGAUGUUUGUUGUGGCCAUGACGUUCUAGCUGGUCUCUGCAUCGUUGACAGCAAAUAGCUGCAAGUGCCGAUUGCCGCUGGUUGGCUCAGUUCAGAAUUUGGCCUCACAAAUGAGAUGAGCCUAGCUGAAAGUAUCACCACCCUAACAGCUUGCCACACCCCUUCCAAGGUCAUUGGUCAGGUUGAGGUUGGCACACAGUACAGCUUGCCUCUGGCUGAGAAGUCUGUUGGUUGCUGCUUCAGAGCAGGCAGCGAGUCGAGGAGCGUGCAGACUACGGAGACUGUGGAUCAGUCAAGCGCCACCUCAGGUCUCACAAAUGCAAUGAGCCUAGCUGAGAGUAUCACUGCCACAAUGGCAUGCCUCGCCCCUUCCAAGGUCAUCGGUGAGGUUGAGGUUGGCACACAGUGCAGCUUGCCUCUGGCUGACAAAUCUGUUGGGUGCUCCUUCAAAGCAGGCAGCGAGUCAAGGAGCGUGCAGACCAUAGAGACUGUGGAUCAGUCAAGCUCCUCUUCAGCUGGAUACCGCUAUGCUAGGCUAAGCCGCUUCAACAACCAAUCGUCUUCAGUGGUGUCAUCAACAGCUGCUACCGAUGGCACCAACACCACUUCCUUGUCAACCUCCAACUUGACGAAGGCUUCAAAGCGAAGAAAUUAUAGGAGAUCAACGAUGGAAAAGAAGGCCACCAUUAUCAGACAAAUGCAAAGUCACCAGUCACAAGUGGACGUCACAAAAGAAUUUGAAAUCGCGAAGCAGGCAAUGGCAGAGUACCUAAUAAACAAGGUGAAGAUUUUAGAAGCCACCGGGAAAUCUGCUGGAUGCCGAUGUAAGAAUGUCAGCCAAGGUGCCUGCCCAAAAAUUGAAGAAGCUAUUCUGAUGUGACUGAAAACCACGAUCGCCAAGCAAGUGCCAGUAUACGGUGACGUUUUUAGUCAAAAGGUAGAAACCUUGGUGUUUCAGGUGACGGUUUUAAAUUUAGUGCUUGAUAUGAAAUGUCAUUCUCCGAGAUUUACAAUGGCCCAUCUUUGACACCGACCCUAACUACAGGAGUCGGACCAGAUGCCAUUAAAGGCACCUGGUGGUCCAAAUCAAUCGGGAGUCCCCCACUAUGGCGUGCCUCAUAAUCAAAUCGUGUUAUUUUGCACAUAAAACACCAGAAUUCAGAAAAAUGGCAUGCCGCAGGGUCCUAUUUUAAGCACAACACUGUUUGUGCUGAAAAUUAACUUUAGAAACAGAAUUACACCCUCUUCUGUUAUGCAUUCUUUAUACCUUGUUGAUUUGCAAUUUGUGUGCUACGCAUCAAACAUGCUAAAUUAAGGACGGCAGAUUCCAAUGACUUUAAACAAAGUGAUACGAUGAGCAAAUAAAGGCGUCAUCCGUUCCUCUACUAAAAAAGCUGUCACUGUGGUUCAUUUGCAAGAAAGCGGUUUACAACUGGACCCUGUCAUGAAACUGCAUGAAGCCGUACUACCAGUCAAAUAGGAUCACAAGUCUUUAGAGGUCUUAUUUCAUAAGCAGCUGAACUUCCUAGUGCACAUAUAUAGUCUGAAGAUUGAAGCAAGCAAGGCACUUAAUGUUCUCAAUAUCCUGUCCUGGGAGCACUGGAGCUUUGACCACCAAUGUUGUCUGUGUAUCUGUCGAUGCUUUGUAUGCAGUAAAAUAGAUUCUGGCUGCAUAACUUAUGGCUCAGCCAGACAGUCAUACGUCCAGCAAUUAGAUCCAAUUCAUAAUCAAGGGCCAUGCCUAGCAAUCAGUGCCUACAGGACAUCACCUAUUUUCAGUUUGCAAUCGGAGACUAAUGAGCUGUCCUUGGAACAUAGGAGAGUGCAACACAUGCUUACAUACAUUCUCAAAGUUCGAUCAUCGCCAUAGCACAUUUGCAAUAACAUUAUCUCCUGCUUCGAUACAAGACUACACUACACGAACAAAACACGUGCAGUUAUACUUCUCAUACUACAGUGCAAAAAAAAAUUUUGAGAAUAUGAUGUCCCUAAUGAAGCACUUUCUGUUGCUAACAGGCCAACCGUAUUACCCCAUUGGGGUGACUUUACACAGUUGCUUCAUUUUUCAUCAACACACUUAAAUAAGCACGAUAACCCCACACGAAUACAUAAUACACAAGUCUGGCACAGUACAAGAAACAUGCCACACUUACACCGAAUUUUACACCGACUAGUCAGAGGUGCAAGGUUAUGAGGGAAGCAGCAUCAUCGAAGGUACGUGGGAACGUACUG